AUGUCAACAAACAAGUCCAACCCAGAACUGAACAUGGCAUGCUACUCCCUUGAUGACUGGUAUAAAGGCUGCAUGGCAAGCACGGAGAGUCACCUGACUGCUCUCAUUCAAAAUGAGCUGAGCUUUUCGAAGCAGUAUAACGAAGCUUGGAAUCAGGUCCUGAUUCUCUGGCAGACCAACCAGUCCUGGCUCAACCCACGGAAUGUCACAGAGCUCUCUGAGGUGGCCAUUUGGGCAUACACGAUAGAAAGCCCCCCACUCCACAGAGCCUUCAAUGCUGCCACAUGCACAGCAGGAAAGGGGCCUGAGGAAUAUGGACACUACCCUUUUAAGUCAUUACACUUCCUCUUAACCAGGACAUCCAGACUACGCCGGCCCAAGAAUCACAAAUGUGCAAAAGUCUACAGAGGUGUCAGUGUAGAGUUUUCUGUCAGAAAUCAUUUCCGGUUUGGGCAGUUUACUUCCACCUCAUUGGACCAAAACAUGGCUAAGAAGUUUCAGAGUGUAACCUUCUUCAAGUUGUUUACUUGCAAGGGAAUUGAGAUAAGUGAAAUGUCCAUUUUUGAGUAUGAAGAGGAAGUGUUAGUCCCUCUCUAUGAGAUAUUCAACAUCACUUCUAUUAAAGACACCUCAAAGGGAAAGAUGGUAGUGGCCAAGUCAAUGGGGACUUGCAGCUUCCACAACUGUGCUUUUAUGGGCAAAGGUAACACAGUAUAA